AUGCGGAGAGAGAAUGAAGCUAGCAUCCAGGUUGAUGACUCAUCGAAUUUUGACUUUAGCGAGGAGAUUAAGUCCAAAGAUUUAGAAAACACUCAAGAGGUUAAUGAUUCAGUGAUCUCAUGGAAUACGGCCGGAAACAGUUUUAUUGUUUGGGAUUUUCACAAAUUUUCCACUAUUCUGCUGCCUAGGUACUUCAAGCACAACAAUUUUUCCAGCUUCAUUCGACAGCUUAAUACAUAUAAAGGAAGGACCUUAUUAUCUUUCUUUACAAAGAGCGACAAAUCUAAGGGUGCUUCAACUCCUACGGUACCCAAUCCUCCAAUUGCUACUCCAACUCCUACGGUACCCAAUCCUCCAAUUGCAUCUCCUGAAAUUGAAUGGUCUUCAUCUUUCAAUGUUGAGUUAGAACCAUCUGAUUCUAUAGAACGAGACCCAGGAAAAAGAAAGCAAAUAUAUGAAUAUUCGUUUAAUGAACAGCAUCGGUACAAUCAGUAUUCUUGGUUGGAGCAUUCGCCUUCAACACAUAAAGCAUAUUGCUUUUUCUGCUUUCUUUUUCUCAAUGAAAAUGUUCCGCCUAAUAUUUCAUCAUUGGUUGCUGUUGGAUUUGAUAGUUGGAAGAGGGUUGGUCAGGGAAGUAAAUGUGCAUUUCUUGUUCAUAUUGGUACAACAUCUUCAUCAUAUCAUAACGGCUAUAAGAGAAGAGUUGAAGAUCUAAUGAAACCAACUCAUUAUAUUGACUAG